AUGCUUGCGGAGGUGGGCCUCCCGGGGCCCCAUACAACGCACCUCCAGCAGAAGCAGCAUCAACUGCAGCAGCUACUCCAGCAGCAGCAGCAGCAGCAGCAGCAGCAGCAACUGCUGCUGCAGCGACAGGGACAGGUCUCAGGCGCAUGCGAGCCCUCGCAGCCUGCCUUUACACUGCCAGCUGAUAUAUCUGCAGACAGCAGCAGCCGCAGGAACAGCAACAGCAACAGCAGCAGCAACAGCAGUGCCGAUGCGGCUCCCUACGGUGCUGCCUCCUCUACGGCAUCUGAUGCUGCUGCCUUCCCAAGCAGCAGCAGCAGCAGCAGCAUUGCUGCGUUAGGAGCUGCAAUGCUGCAGCGUCUGCAGGCUGACUGCGAUGCAGCAGCCAGAGGCGCCCGCAUCAGAGCCGAAGAAUUUGCUACGUUCAUAGAUGAACAGAUCGCGGAGUUGGAGCAGCUGGCUACAGAGAGCGCGAGGCUUCAAGCGGAAGUAGAAGAGCUCAACGCUAAGACGGAGCGAAAUAUGCAGGAAGUGCAGGUGCUGCUAGAAGAGGACAAAGCGGUGGACGCUGAGUUGGAGAGAGUAGCAACAGCAAAAAAGAAAGUGGAGAUGCGCCUUCAAGCAGCGCAGAGGAAACUGAAAGCAACAAGAAAGGGGGCGUCUUUUACUCGAAUUUGUUUUUUAUAUUUGUGCAAGGAGUUGCCGUCAUUAAUUGCCUUCUUAGACAUCUCCUUUCAGCAGCAAAACUGCCAAGUGGUGGGGGCGUGGCCUGAAUGCCCGUUGUCUGAGUUGAGCGAGCUGUAUGAAGAGGGACGCAUUAGUUUUGCUGCUUUGUUGUCUUACUCUCGAUUACUCUUUAUGAGACAGUUCAGACUCAUGAGCCAUGCAGAGAAGCUCAUAGCGCUGCACCAGCAGCAGCGAGAAGCUGCGCAGCAACUCCCCCAGCAGCAGCAGCAGCAGCAGCAGCAGCAGCAGCAGCAAGCCCUAACCAGCAAUGAAACCCUAAACCCUCAACAUGCCCAACAACUCCUGCUCUCUGAGGAAGAAGAAAAUCCCUACAUUGUGUAUAAUGAAGGGGAAGAAGAAAGAGGCGUUGAAAGCAGCGGGAACGAAGGCGCUGCGCAUACGGCAAUACGAACAGCUGGACAGCCAACCAGCAGCAGCAGCAACAGCAGCAGCAACAGCAGCAACAGCAACAAAAGCACCAACAGCAGCAAUAAGGAGAGCAGCAGCAACAACAGCAUCACAUUACCAACAGGUGUGCGGCCAACAGCAACAGCAGUGAGACAAGCGGCUCCUCAAGCAGUGCCAGCAACAGCAACAGCAGCAACAGCAACAGCAGCAACAACAGCAACAGCAACAGCAACAGCAGCAGCAAGAACAGCGGCAACAACAGCAACAACAGCAGCAGCAAUGGGUUUCUUGGAUAUCUUUAAAAAGAAGAAGUGGGUGCGGUCCACCGACACACCUCCUUCUCUUGCAGCUGCAGAAAACAGCUCGCCAGCAGCAGCAGCAAAAGCAGCAGCAGGAGGAGCAGCAGAACCCGCAUCAUCAUCAGCAGCACCCCCAGCAUCACCAGCCCCAGCAUCACCAGCAGCAGCAGCACCAGCAGCAGCAGCACCAGCAGCAGAAGCAGCUUCUUCUACUAAAGGAGGAUACUUAACGUUUGAUGCUGCUAGCAACGGCACCUUAUUUCUUGUUUGGAGUUACACCCCAGUUGAAGGGGCUUUGGCUUUCUUCAGGCCUCAUAGAAAUGUUGCAGAGUUUAAAUUUAAAGACAACGGAGGGAAGACAGAAAUAUUCAGAAAUCUCAUGGGCGCAGCAGCCUCUGCUUUAGUAGAAGUAUUAGGGCUUAGGGUUAUUCAGGGGCAGUUGCUGCAAAUGAUAUAA